CUACCUGCUAUUAUAAGACAAACGUGUUUAUCUUUCUUUCUUCUUCUUUUCACAGCCGAAUAUUCUUCAUUCAAACAUGUCACUCCCUAGCUUCUAACAUAGUGCUAUACUGCUAUCUCAACGUCUUUGGAGAGCUAUCUUCAUUUUUAGCGGAGACAAGUUGCUGCAGUUUAUUGAAAAAAGUUGCAGAAACUUUUACAUUGUUCAAAGCUCUGUAGCCAAAGUUGGGUCCUGUUACAUUUUCUCAGACCAAUAACAGAAACCUUAGUGAGGCAUGUGGAUUUGAAAUCAAAUCAACCCAAACAAGAGGAUAUUCUACAGUUUAAAGAAAAUGUCCAAGCCUGCAACCUCUCUACUGGUUCCUUCUGUUCAGGAGCUUGCAAAGCAACACAUAAUCAAAGUUCCAAAGCAAUAUCUUCAUCUAAAUCAAGAUCCUAUUAGUGUUGUACCUAACACAACCACUUCACCACAAGUCCCAGUCAUUGACCUUGAUAAAUUGUUAUCUGAAGAUGCAACUGAGCUCCAGAAGCUUGACUCUGCAUGUAAGGAAUGGGGUUUCUUCCAGCUGAUUAAUCAUGGAAUCAAGCCUUCAUUGGUGGAAAAUGUGAAGAUAGGUGUUCAAGACUUCUUAACUCUUCCAAUGGAAGAGAAGAAGAAGUUUUGGCAAACGUCAGAAGAUAUGCAAGGGUUUGGACAGUUGUUUGUUGUAUCUGAGGAUCAAAAGUUAGAAUGGGCAGAUUUAUUCUUCAUCACAACUCUUCCAUCAUGUGCAAGGAAUCCCCGCUUGUUUCCAAACAUCCCUCAACCACUCAGAGAUAAUUUAGAGAUCUAUUGUUUAGAACUGGAAAAGGUUUUCAAUACAAUCAUUAGUCAUAUGGAAAAAGCUCUUGAGAUUGAACCAAAUGAAGUGCUGAAGUUAUUUGAUGAUGUAUCUCAAUACAUGAGGUGGAAUUACUACCCUCCAUGUCCCCAACCUGAAAAUGUGAUUGGACUAAAUCCUCAUUCUGAUGCUGGUGUCUUAACUAUUCUUCUCCAAGUCAAUGAAACAGAAGGCCUUCAAAUAAGAAAAGAUGGAAAAUGGGUUCCUGUUACACCCCUCUCCAAUGCUUUAGUCAUCAAUGUAGGAGACAUUCUGGAGAUAUUGACCAACGGAAUUUAUCGAAGUGUUGAACAUCGAGCAACAAUUAACUCAGAGAAAGAGAGAAUUUCCAUUGCCACAUUUCACAGACCUCUUAUGAACAAAGUUAUUGGUCCAACACCAAGCCUUGUUACUCCAGAGAGGCCAGCAUCGUUUAAAAGAAUUGUUGUGGAAGAUCAUUACAAAACAUUCUAUUCACGCCAGCUGCAAGGGAAAUCAUUGCUUGAUGUUAUAAGGAUCGAAAAUGAGACUGGUUAAUGCUAAAAUUACUAGAUUUGUGUUGAUGGAAAAAUUAAAUAUUAUAUUCUGGAAAUAGUUACACCACAAGUGGGGGUAGCUAAUGUUUAGAGCAUCUAGAGUGCAGGCUGCUUACUCUAUUGCUUAGUCAUAAGCAAUAGAGGUUAAUUUUUUUCUCAAUAAAGCAUACUUAUGUGGAAAGUUUGUUGUUUUUAACAAUAAGCAAUGAUUAUUUCCAGAUGCAACAGUUGUUUAGGGUAUUUUGUGGUUUAAUACAAUUCAUUCUCUCCUCUGCAUCACCAA